AUGGAUUCCUCCUGCCCAGAAGGCAACUUGAAAAAUCAAGGCCUGUUCGCAGGGCUCAUCGAUAUUAUUUUCCCGGGACUGUCCUAUCUACCGCAUGCUGCCAUAGCUCUCAUGUUCGUGAAAUACAUCGCUGAGUCCUGGGGCCAUGUGCUGAGCACUCGGCUGCUGUCUACGGUCGAGAUCCGGGCUCACGAUGACACGUAUAAUUAUCUCAUGACCUGGGUUGCCAAAAACAGUCUCUCGAGGGAGAAUCAUCGCCUCCUCGCAUCUUCGACCAUCACCAACGAAGAGUUUGCAUGGAACGACGGGACUACCAACAACGACGACCGAGAGUUCGAGAGCGCUGCCGGUGAGGAAGACAUCCAGGCAGGCGACAUCGCGGGUCUGCGCUCCAAGAUAUCCUUGUAUAAUGCUCGACCCCUACGCUGGACCCCGGCCAUGGGGCUCCAUUUCUUCCGUUUUGAAAACCGCAUCGUCGCUUUCACGAGGGCAUUUGAGGACAGGGAGACCCUUCCAUAUGCGCGACGUGCCGAGAGGCUCUUUAUUUCUUGCCUGGGCACCGACGCCGGAAUCCUCAAGCGAAUCGUGAACAUCGCUCGCCUGGAGUACUUGGAGAGCGAGAGGGGCAAGAUUAGCAUUUACCGCGGCACCAAAAUCAGCAAUUUUGACAUGACUUGGACCAAAGCCAUGUCUAGGGCAGCCCGGCCCAUGUCAACCAUUGCCCUCGAUGAGUCGAUCAAGGAGCACUUCGUGCAAGACCUGCAGCGCUAUCUCAACCCCAAGACCAAGACUUGGUAUGCCACCAGGGGCAUCCCGUACCGGCGCGGCUAUCUCUUCUCCGGUCCGCCAGGCACAGGCAAGACUAGCUUGACAUUGGCAGCAGCGGGGUUGAUGGGUCUCGAUAUCUACAUGAUCAACCUCAACUCUCCAAGUCUCACAGAGGACAGCCUUUCCAACUUGUUUCAGAGCCUACCGCGCACCUGCGUCGUCUUGCUCGAGGACGUAGACGCGGCGGGCAUAACGCACAAACGCGCUCAAGAGCCCGAGGACGGCGGCGAUGCAGAGCCGAGCCAAGGCCAGCAGCGCCGCGAACGCAUCUCGCUCUCGGCGCUCCUCAAUGUCAUUGACGGUGUGGCUGCCCAGGAGGGCCGAGUACUCGUAAUGACUUCAAAUCACACAGACAAGAUCGACCCUGCCCUGCUGCGGCCCGGGAGAGUAGACUUCUCUAUCAGAUUUGGCCUAGCAACGUCUGGCACCGUCCACAAGAUUUUCAAACAAAUGUUUGAUGCUUUAGACAUUAUUUCCGAACCGUGUUCAAUUCGCAAGAAUAUCUCGGCGGACUCGGACCAGCAUGUAAGCAGUGAGAAACUAGAGCUGUUGAGCCAGCAGCAGAAUGCCGUUGAAGAACUCGAGGUUGGGAGCACCACUCUGGACGCACUGGCGGAAGAGUUCGUGAGCAAAGUUCCAGAACUCGAGUUCAGCCCUGCAGCAAUUCAAGGAUUUCUCCUCACUCAUCAAAACGAUCCGAUGGGCGCUGUUUCUAGUGUAGAGGAGUGGGUACAAAGACAACGGAUUGGGAACGCGGACGCCGGAGUGAACUCUCCUCGAGAUGUUCAGGAUUCAGAUGCAAACACAACACUUGUGCAUACCGAAGAUGAUGCCGAAAGAGACACCAGCAACAGAUCUCACAAGGUCGAAUUCCCCAUGAUGACCGCUUCCAUUGAUAUGACGCCAAACUACGGCGGUAGCGGCAACAUCUUCUUCAAGUCCCAGAUUCGCGCAAAGCAGCCCAAGUUCCCAAACGACCUCGACCUGUCUGGCCAGGUAGCAAUCGUAACGGGAUCGUAUGGAGGGAUCGGAUUUCACUGCGCGCACCAACUCCUCAACUUAAAGCUGUCACGGUUGAUCAUCGCAGUCCGCUCGGUGGACAAGGGCCAGGCGGCCGCAGCUGAGCUGGUGAGGGAGUUUCCGGAUGCCACGAUAGAUGCCUGGGCUCUCGACAUGACUUCUUACGGAUCAUGCCAGUCCUUUGCUGCCAAGGCGGAGGCGGAACUUCCGCGUCUCGACAUCGUUAUCCUCAACGCCGGCGUGUUCAAGGCUGACCACAGUAUUGUGCCGUCCACCGGUCACGAAGAGUCGGUUCAGGUCAACUACCUAUCAACAUUCAUGCUGGCCAUCAUGUUCUUGCCUCUCCUGAAGGCCAAGUCACCCCCUGGAAAGCCCGGAAGGCUGACGAUGGUUGGCUCCAGCGUCGCCCUCUAUGCGAAACUCGAAGAACGGAAUAAGAGGCCGUUCCUCAAAGCCAUGGACGCUCCGGAAGAAGGCCAGAGGUGGAGGCCCGACGAGCACUACCCAAAAACGAAGCUUCUGGGCCACCUGGGCCUUGUAAAGCUCAAAGACUGCAUAUCGGCCGACGAUGUCGUUGUCAACAUCGUAGAUCCCGCACUCGUCAGGGGCACAAGCCUGCACCGCGGCUUCUCCGGAGCCUUAGGAGCCGGGUUCGCCUGGGUCAAGUCUCUGGCCGGGAGGACACUCGAAAGCGGCGCGUCGACACUCGUGGACGCUGCGGUGGUGAAGGGCAAGGAGUCGCAUGGCUGCUAUGUCAUGGACUGGAAGAUCAGUCCAUUUGCGGCCAUUGUCUACUCCCUCGAGGGCAAGGAGCUCACAGACGUGCUGUGGGACGAAACGCUGACUGAGCUUGAUUUCAUCAACCCACAGGGCAUCCUAGCUUCGCUCAGAGAUUAA